GCUACCAAAAUUAUACCAAAAAAAAGUGAACAAGAUAGUGGGCCAGAAAAUAAGCCUAAGGAUAUAAUCUCUGAGAUCAGUAAUAUUAAUAUACUAAUAAAAGAUCUUUUAGUUGAGAAUAAUCCUGAAGUUCAAAA